AGCACAGUCAUGUCCUUCAAACUCUGAGUAGACCUCUGUUUAUCUUUUUUUCAGCAAAAUAUUAAGCCUAAAUUUAAUUAACCAGUGGUCAACUGAAUAUUGUUUAUUUAUUUAUUGAAAUUUUCAUAUUCAAAUUGUGUGAUUUCACUAUCAAAUAGAAUUAUUCAACAAUGAAGUUGACUAGUUUGUUAAGAGCUGCUGGUAAGCCUCGUCUAGCAAUGAUUGAUUUGGACUUUACAUUGUGGCCAUGGGGAGUUGAUAAAUUUAAGAUGGUCCCACCAUAUUUUAAAAAAGAUGAUGGAGUUUAUGAUUCGAAAGGUGUUAAAAUGGAACCUUUCCCUGAAGCUGAGAAGGCCCUGCGUCUCAUCAAGGAACAUGGUAUCGAUUUAGCUGCCGUUUCAAGAUCAUAUUAUUACCAUGGAGGUCCUGUUCUCCUCUUCUAUUACGGUUGGAGUGAACUUUUUGCACACCAAGAAGUCUUUCCGGCUCGAAAGACCCACCACGUUACCAAACUUCAUGAAGCUACUGGUAUUCCCUAUUCAGAGAUGUUGUUAUUCGAUGACGAAAAAAGAAACAUUGAUGAUUUGUCUCCUUUAGGUGUUCACUGUGUUGAAGUUAACCCAAAUCAAGGACUAACUCUAAACCUCGUAAAGAAGGCAUUGGAAAGCUUCGGUCAAUUGUCUGGAGACCAACAGCAAAGAGCUAAAAUAGCUGGUUAAUUAGGAAAUUUCAAUUAAAUAUGUAACGCUCUGAAUUUUCUCAGCUAUAGCCCUUUUUGAACUGAAAGUGGUCAAAAUAAGAGUUCAAUGAAUAUUAUGUUGACUAGUUUAAACUCUCUUUAGAUUUGGCUGGUAAUUUUGUGAAUAAAUUGUUCAAUUCUAAUUUUA